GUCAGUGUGUACGUCAUUUCAAAGAUCCAAGAGCCGGGGGGCAAAUAGAAAAGGCUAGAGAAGGUCAAGAAUCUCUCUUUGGCACGGUGGAACCGAUGCUGCACUCUGAUUUGCGGGCCCUCCAAUUCAGUGAAUGGAAAGCUAUGAGUGACCUGUUAAUGGUGGCAAUGGCUCUUGGGCCAUACUAUAUCCAAGGACCUUACGGCAUAGCAAGAUUCACAUGGAUGGAGAAAUCGAGAGGCGAUUGCUUUGCCGCCAGGCCCCCCGAGCCUGACACAGCUUUGGAAUCAUUACUCAGAGCUGUCUGAAGAGAUCCGUUCGGUUUCACGUGUGCUCACAAAGAUCUUGGUUGGGAUUAACUGCUGCCUGGGGGAGGGAUUCGAGCUGGUCAGACUAUACGAGAGAUGCGGAAAGCUUUCACGAAGAGGUUGUCCCAACCUGCGGUACCAACUUGGUGAAUUGGCUCAGGCUGGUAGUUGAGGAAGAGAAGCUCGUACAGAAC